GGCCCAGGUCCCGGCGAGAGACUCCUGCCGGAGGCCAGGGGCUCAGUCCUUAAGGUAGCGGGAGCCCAUCGAGGAUCGGCUGAGACACCAUCAGAGUUUGAAUUAUUCCAAUUAUUUAUUAGCUGUUUUAUAAAGGUAAAGAGUAAAAAACAAAAAAAACACUAUGUCUGAUGAAGUUUUUAGCACAACUUUGGCUUAUACAAAGAGUCCAAAAGUCACCAAAAGGACUACUUUCCAGGAUGAGCUAAUAAAAGCAAUUACAGCUCGCUCAGCCAGGCAGAGGAGUUCCGAAUACUCAGAUGACUUUGACAGUGAUGACGUUGUUUCCUUAGGUGAUUUUUCUGACACCUCAGUAGAUGAAAAUUCAGAGAAGAAAAAAAUGAAUGAUUUCCAUUUAUCAGAUGAUGAAGAAAAGAAUUCUCCAAAACUGUCUUUUUUGAAAACCAAGAAAUCAAACAGUGACAUAAUGAAAGAUGAGCCAGUAUUCUCCACCAAAAAUGAUGAGGAAAUGGCACCUGAUGGUUGUGGAGCCAUGGUUGGAACUCCCUUAUCUGAAUCUCAAAAUAAAGACCAGGAAGUUGAAAAAGACAAAAUUAAAAUGAAACCUAAACCCAGAAUUCUUCCAGUCAAAAGCACAUCUUCAGAAAGCAGCAGGGGCCUUGAAGCAAACAACCCCUUUAAGCCUUCACCUCGGCCCCGGGGCAUGUUGAAGAAACACAGCCCUGGGGACGUGAAAGAGGGGCUAGGAGAAGAUAAGACAACUGUCCUCCAUGAACAAUUGGAGGCACACUCUGCACCGCCCCCCCUUCCAAAGCUAAGUGACAGUCAACUAGAAGCUGAGAAAAAAUCAUUCUCCGGAACCCUCGAUCCAGAGGAUCCAUGUCUGACAAGUUUAUCAUCAUCAUCCCUUAAAGAAAGUCUUGGAGAUUCCUUUUCACCAGGAUCUGGGGGGAAAGCAUCCGUAAAAGGUCAGAAUGAAGAACUCCCUGAAAACCACAUGAAAUCAAAUGAAAAUGAAGAGAAUUCAUUUUUGAUAGACUUUGUUACUACUCCAACUGAGAAAUCCCAGGAAAGUCAAGUGAUUACUGAUGACCUUGAAGAAGAAAAGGAGAAAGCUGAACUGAUUAUGAAUGACUUAACAGUUGAUCCACCACUAUCGAAAUCUCAGAGUAUCUUAAUAUCUACUGACACAACUGAAUCUUCAAAGAAAACCAUUGAAGACAGAAAUAUGAAGAAUAAAAAGUCAACAAAUAAUAGAGCAUCCAGUGCAUCUGGCAGGUUAAUGACCUCUGAAUUUUUAAAGAAAUCUAGCUCUAUAAGGAGACCUCCAUCAACAACCACCUCUUCUCACUAUUUAGGGACUUUGAAAGUCUUGGAUCAAAAGCCUUCACAGAAACAGAAUGUAGAACCUGAAAGAGCAGACAGCAUAAGGGCAGUUGUUUACCAGGAGUGGUUAUUAAAGAAAAAUGUGUAUUUACAUGAAAUGCACAGAAUUAAAAGGAUCGAAAGUGAAAACUUAAGGAUCCAAAAUGAACAGAAAAGAGCUGCUAAGAGAGAAGAAGCGUUAGCAUCCUUUGAGGCCUGGAAGGCUAUGAAAGAAAAGGAAGCAAAGAAAAUAGCUGCCCAAAAAAGGCUUGAGGCAAAAAACAAGAAGAGAACAGAGGAAGAAAAUGCCGUGAGAAAGGGAGAAGCGCUGCAGGCCUUUGAACGAUGGAAGGAGAAAAAAAUGGAAUAUCUUAGAGAGAAAAAUAAGAAGGAGAGAGAAUAUGAAAGAGCAAAGAAGCAGAAAGAGGAGGAAACGAUUGCUGAGAAAAGGAAAGAUAACCUAACCGCAGUUGAGAAAUGGAAUGAAAAGAAGGACACUUUUUUCAAAGAAAAGGAGAAAGAGAAAAUAAAUGAGAAAAGAAGAGAAGAACUGAAAAGAGCAGAGAAAAAAGAUAAAGAUAAGCAAGCUAUUGAUGAAUAUGAAAAAUGGCUGGAAAAGAAAGAAAGGCAGGAAAGAAUUGAACGAAAACAAAAGAAGCGUCAUUCCUUUCUUGAAAAUGAGGCACUUCCUCCCUGGAGCCCUCCAAGCAGAACUGUGUUCUCAAAAGUGUUUUGAUGAUUCUCAUUUUUACAUUAUUUAGUUAUUUAUCAGUUCACCAUUUUAGCCACUAUUUAUUCAAUUAGUUAUAGUUAGAAGAGUCUAUUUUAAUUAAAUGCCAGCCAUUUCCACUGGCAAUGGAAAAGAUGCUUUGGAGUUUCAUCAGUGAAUGAUUGAAAGCAUUUUUUUGGACUGUAGGUAAACUGCCUCAAAUGAGAAAGUAGUAAUCAGAUUGCUCUUACCAUUCUAAUGACUCUUUAUCAUGUCCUCACAGUCCUCACAAUCAGAUGAUCCAUGGUCACUUUCUCUAAGCUGUGCAUUGUAUUUAAGUGUGUUUAUUCCCCAGAAUGAAAAGGAAACCAUCUAGGUACUAUAAUCAUUGAAAUAAUUGAAUCUCUGAAUG